GCGAGAGGUCUACACUGCUCAUGAUCUCCUAGCAGGACACAACACACUUCUCUGACUGCCGCAGGGCCCGACGAUCCACAGUCAGGAUGGCUCGGGACAUGUCAGAUAAAGAAAUCCUGAAGAUGGAGCUGGACCAGCUGAAGGUGGAAGUGAACACUGCUCGUACCGCGGUUUCAGCAACAGCUCCAGAAAUCAUUGCAUUUGUGGAGGGUUUAUCAGCUGAAGAUCCUCUGGUUAAAGGCGUCCCAGAGGACAAGAACCCAUUCAAGGAGAAGGGAGGCUGCAUUAUUACGUAG